CCUACCAACCAACUUUCCUUGGGUAUAAUUGAACACACAGCAUCCCCCUACAUUACACUUACACUGACACUAUCCUUUUCUUUCCUUUCGUUCAACACAAGGGUAAACUCUUCAACCCUGAUGAUUCGCAGCUACUCGGGGAAUUUCAAGGUCAAGAAAUCAACUUCCUGCAUCGAACUCAAAGCAUUACACUCGUCGACUCCAUAGGGAGGAUUUGAAAAGUACAACCAGGGAGGAAUAGUACAGUACCUACAUUUUUCCAUACAUGUCACACCUCUGUCAACUUCGGAAUUCCGAAUACCACAAAAGACCCCAGGUAUCGAAAAGUACUCAAAGUAGUUGAAGUUUGCAAUGGCCACAGUCACAGACACAGACACAGACACACUCGACGUCGCCCUACCCACGGGUGCCAAUCUCUCUACCGGGUCGCUGCUCACACCCCAACCUCGGGAAGCCAACGGUGGCUUUUCCGGUUCAAAAUCGCCCACACCGGUACCAACGACACCACCACCACCAAUGACGACAUCACGAUCGGAAUACUACCAGGACAGGUUGGCCGACAUAUCUUCUCGCGCCACCGUCACGGAUCCGAUGAACGUGAUUUUCGCUCAGGACAAGUCGGGACCUUCGACGGUCGUCACGGCGGAGCUGUUGUACCCCGCGGCGAGGGCGAGGGUCGCCGCCAAAGUCGGGGCGGGUUCGUUCGUCGCCGAGGCCGCCGAUUUCGCCGCCGUCGUGUGCUGGGAACCCCCCGAGGCCGUGGCGCCCCUGGUGUCCGAGACCGAACUCCAGGAGAUGGCCAAGGCCCGACCCGUCUUCUCCCGUUUCGUGCGUGACAUGCAGGACUUCAAGGUCGCGACGUUUGGGACCAGCCAAGCCUACUGGAACAUGAGUCUGAUGGCGAGGGACCCCGACCGCAACGACAAGGGCGCGGUGAGGGCGGUGAUCGAGCCCUUCGUGGCCCGAGCCAAAAGGGACGGGCGGCCGAUUUGGUUGUGCGCCGCCAACGAGAGGGCGAGGGACGUUUACGCCCAUUUCGGAUUCCGGGUCGUCGGGGUCAUCUAUUCGGCCCUCGAUCCGAAAGAUGAUGACGCCAACCGCAACGGUGAGGGUCAAGAGAACAAAAAAGGUGUGAAGACCUGGUGUAUGUGUUGCAAUUGGCCUGUACAGUCUGUGACUGAGCGGGAGAGUCAGAGUGCAUACGAGUACGAGGCCAUGUACAGGAGUAGGAAUGGGGACGGGAACAGGAGUGGAAGUGGCAGUGGCAAUGAGAGCGGGGUGUGACGGGACUUAUCGUGAAGGAUUGGAAAUUUCGGACUUUCGAUUUUGAGUUUGAGAUUGGGAUGAUUGUUGAACAGACGUAGAUUCCCAGAGACGUCAAGUUUUUGUGGUUUCAUCUUUCCAGGGAGUUUAGAGAGCACAAGACAUGAGCGGAUCAAUUCAAUUUGCAGCGGGGACCGAGGAAAAUGGAGGUGGUCUUUUUCAGUUCUUGAAUUAUAUGUUGAGCAAGAGGCUCGUUGGUGUCCUAACCACUUGUACAGCGACAGUAAAGAGGUAGACAGAAGGUAACAGGUUAAGGUCGAACACAAGGUAUGUAAUCCGUA